AACCUCCUGAAUAUGCCUUCUCUUUCACAAAUCACAACCCACUUUGUUCAUGAUCUGUGCCACCUCUUGUUCUAAGCCUAAGAUCUCAUUUCAAAAUUUCAGGUUUUUGAAAUGGCGAAUUCGGGGACUUGGCUCUUGGUUUUGAGGUUAUGUGCUCUUCUCCUUUUCUUGGAGGCCAAGGUUUUUGUUUUGGGUGGUGAUGAUAGUAAUGUCCAGGGUGGUAAUACUAUAGAUGGGUCUGGUGGAGUAUCAGAGAUUUGUGUUAAUAAUGAUCUGGCUAGUUUCAUGCCACCACCAUAUGGUAAUUCAUCUGAUAUAGUCUGCAGGCCUAUUUGGAACACUUUUGUUUUGAGGUACACCCAAACUGAAGAUCAUGUAAUGAACAUUAUAUUAUCUGCUGUGUACACCACUGGGUGGGUAGGAAUGGGAUUUUCCAGAGAUGGAUUGAUGGUUGGUUCAAGUGCCAUAGUGGGAUGGGUUAAUAGAAAAGGCCAUGCAAGAAUUAAGCAAUACUAUUUGCAAGGUUCAAAGUCUUCGCAAGUUAUACCAGACAAAGGUGAAUUGCCACUUACUGGUAUUCCUGCUACUGUUGUGCUUCAUGGCCCUAGGAUUUACUUGGCAUUCCAGUUGAAAUUCCUAGCUCAUCUUUCUCGGCAACCUCUUAUCUUGGCCGUUGGAAGCGGUUACCCCAAGCACAACAACCACUUAACAAAACACACCGAUAAAACCACCAUCAAGUUCGACUUCUCUGCAGGUUCUGCAUCUGAGGCACCUAGUGAUUUUGGCCAGAUGAAGAAGAACCAUGGAAUAUUGGCCAUAUUUGGAUGGGGUAUAAUCAUUCCUUUGGGGGCAAUUGUCCCAAGAUACUUCAAGCACAAGGACCCCUUGUGGUACUAUCUCCAUUCAAUUAUUCAAUUUGUGGGAUUUGUCAUUGGCCUUGCAGCAGUGGUACUUGGACAAAAACUCUAUAAUAAAAUAGACGCCAAUUUCCAAACACAUAGAGCAAUUGGAAUCUUUGUUCUUGUGCUUAUUAUCCUUCAGAUAUUGGCAUUCUUUCUAAGACCAGGCAAGGAUGCCAAGAUUAGAAAGUACUGGAAUUGGUACCACCACUGGUUUGGAAGGUUUGCAAUCUUCUUUGCAGCUGUGAACAUAGUUCUGGGGAUCAACAUUGGAGCUGCAGGCAUUGAAUGGAAGAUUAGUUAUGGAUUUUUUCUCAGCGGAAUUCUUAUCGCAGUCAUUGUUUUAGAAGUUUUGGCAAGGAUGAGGAGGACAGAAAAUAAGAAUAUGCCUCCAAACUUCCAAAUGAAUCCGGUUCCAUAGGCGACAUAUUUCACACUCCUCGAAACGUUCUCUGCCAAAUUUCAGUGUAGAUUUCAGUUAUUCCUUUAUAGUACAAAGAAGGAUGAGAAAUGAUUCCAGGCUUGGCAUCUAAGACAAAUUUCAACUUGCUAUCUUCACCACUGUGAAAAAGGCCAAGUCAAAGAGUUGUACUGCACUACUGCACAGCAUUUCAAUCUUCUUCUUUUUUUUU